UUAUCGAUACAAAACCCAGCGCUAAAGAAGAAACGAGAAUUUCAACAUUUACUAAAAAAAGAAAUAUGUUGAAUGUUUACAUUAAUUACUAGAAGGAGGAAAAGGUCGAUUUUUAUGGAAUGGAGUUUGUGUUACUUUUCUUAACCUGUUUAGCAGGAUCAGUUUUUUCGGCAUGUCCACCUGGACUCUGCAGCCUAGACGAAAUGAGUUUCUUUCUAAAUGAAAACUGUGAUAUCAAGGCUGACACAGAGUGUGACAUAAAUGUCAACUGUAAUGGAGAUGGGAAAUGCUUCUUUGACCAGUACACGAAAAACAUCACGUGCAUCUGCUCUGAGAAAAGAAUUGGGGACAUGUGUCAGUACAAUUAUAUUACAUUAGGGAUGCCUUGUUCUUCUAACCUUGAUUGCCAUAGUGGUGUUUGCAUAGUUGCCGGACCUGUGGAUAAUAGGACAAAUGAUUGUGAUUGUCAUUUCGGUUCUAAAGGAGCAAGAUGCGAAAUAAUAGAUAGAAAAUACCUUUCAGAAAGUUGGGAAUGCGAAAAUGAAGCCAGGGCAUAUAUUCAAGGACAAUACCUUGGGUGCUCAUGCAAAUGUGGUACUAUUGGCCAGUUCUGCGAGGAAAUGGACAAACGCGCUCCUUAUUACUUCAGCUGUGAUAGUCGACUUUGUAAAAGGGGAGGAGGAAACGCUAUACGAAUCAAUGGCGCACACAACGGUUAUCAACCUGAGACUAGGUCAACACCAACACACACUUCUGAUGCUCAGACCAGACAAAGCAUAGAGCAGUUAAAUGCAAACAAUAACAUGAAUACAUCACAGAAUUCCACUCAUACUGAAAGUAAUAAUGAUCCGCCAAGUUAUGAAGAAGUAUGCCAACCACCGCCGACAUAUUCUGAUGUUUUGCGAAGUAUGCCUUAAUCAGAGCAUUAAUUUAGCAAAGACUUGUCUUUCAAAAGUUAUAGUAUCCAUAUGUUCGUUGUUCAUGGCGUGUCUGUGAUAUUGAGAUUUUGUUGAGGGAAAAUUGUUUUAAAACGGUUUGUACGAGUCUAAUUAAACACUGUAAUAAAACAGAUUAUGAAUAACGAAGCCAGACCUCUACUCUAUUAUUUGAUGUACACUAAUGUGGAUUUGAGAUGCCUAUUUGUACUCCUAUUAUUUUGGUAUCAUUUCAAAGGGUGAUAUGAAUGGAAAGGGCUUAUGUAAAGGGUAUGCUCACCAAAAUAUUACAAACAAGCGUUUUUAGACUGUAAAGAUUUAAAAACAGUCCAUUUCACGUCCGAUUUCUCUUGAAAUAAAUAUAAAAAAAUCAAACAGCCAUUACUUUAUUAAUUAUGUAUUUCGGAAAAUAUCUUUGUCAUCUAUGUAAUCAGUAACCUUUGCCCUAAAUUAUAACGCGUCACCAUUCAAAAUUUUUGUUAAUGCAUCGAUGAAAAGACUUAUGUAUGUGUGCAUUGAAUAUUGAUAUGCAUGUAUUCAUUGUUUACUCUUGAGUUAAUAUUGUCAUAUUUUCCUUUUCAUGUAUUUUACUUCAAUCAUCUUUUUUUCCCAAAUUGUUUGAAAAUUAUUGAUUUACAUUUGUGUAUAUACUUAUACUCAGAUGUAAUGUAUAUAAUCUAAAACUUAAGAGCUGGGUUUAUGAUUAAAUCAAACGAACAUCAUAACCUGGUACUGGUCUAACGUUCUGACUUAAGCACUUAAGGUCAUUUUAAAUAUGCCCAUGUGCAUGUAAAUUGUAAAUACAUUAAUGAUUCCGAGCAUAUAGUGUAAAGCAUUCGAGCACCCCAGGAGUCAUGUUAAUGAUGUUCAAUUUAAAGUGGUUGUAAUGGUUAAUUCAUUUCAUUUCAUUUGUUGAUGUCUUAACUGUCUUGAAAAUAGUUGCAACUUCGUUAAACUCAGUUCUAUUUAUAAAAAUAGAGUUAUUACCUCAUUGUAUCUGAAUAAAUAACACUAAGUGACCUUUCUGCUCCAUAAAUAGUGUUUAUGUUCUUACACCCAGCUGUAUUUGGGUAAACAGUACGUGUGUUUAUCUGUGUAUACUUUUACAUCAUGAAUAUAAACUGUGUGCAAUUAUCCGAAAAUAAGUUUAUACAUUUUGAAAUAGAUGUUUAGAAUUACGUUUUCUGUCGAAAUAAAUACUGUAAAACCUGAA